GGUUUUUGCCGCAGCAGAAGAAGUGAAGGCGUAUCGUAAAGAUGGCCGACAGCCGUGUGACAGAUGGAAAUGACAAGAAUGAUGGCAUCGAACGUGCGAAGAUUGAAGGGAAAGAGCUGACCAAAGAGGAGAAGCAGCGGCUGAGGAAGGAGAAGAAACAGCAGAAGAAAAACAAAGAAAAAAAGGAGGAAAAGGCUUCAGAAGAGAAGGUUGUCAAUUCAGCGGCUUCAGCACCACAGCCUUCAACACAAUCCACAGCUCAGAAAACUCCUUCCUCAGUGCCUGUUCCAGUUUCUGUGCCUGCCUCAGAUGCUCCCAGCCCAGCUUCCACCCCCACAGAUAAGCCUGCUAAGAGUAAAGCUGAACUGAAAGCUGAACGGAGAGCCAGGCAAGAGGCUGAGAGAGCCAGUAAACAGGGCAAGAAAGGAGAACCUGGACAGCAAGGUGCUGCAAGCAAACCCAAAGGAGUCACGAGUGAGCUGCAGCCAGUGGUGAAAAGGCUCCCAGAACACAUUCAAGUCGACAAUCCCGAAGUUUUAAAGAAACUGGCAAAGAAGUUGGAAAGACAACAGAUCCCUCUGCGCUCAGACUAUGGCUACAAAGUCAGCUUGUUUUCUCAUCUCCACCAGUACAGCCGCAAAGCCCCGCUAACACAACAGCUCAGCAUUCCUUCAACGGUGAUACAUCCCGCUAUUGUUCGACUGGGCCUCCAGUAUUCACAGGGCAUUGUAGCGGGAUCCAAUGCUCGCUCAGUUGCCCUUCUGCAUGCCUUCAAACAGGUAAUAAGGGACUAUACUACACCCCCCAAUGAGGAGCUAUCGAGAGACCUGGUCAACAGGCUGAAACCUUACAUUAGUUUUUUGAAUCAGUGUCGCCCUCUUUCAGCCAGCAUGGGCAACGCCAUCAAAUACAUCAAGAAGGAGAUUUCCAAUAUUUCCAGUCAGUGCAAGGAGGAAGAGGCAAAAGAGCAUCUGCUCCAAUGCAUCGACUCGUACAAUGAAAAGAUCAAUCUUGCUGCUACAGCUAUAGCAGAGUCCUCCAUAGAAAAGAUCAGUGAUGGUGAUGUCAUCCUCAUUUAUGGCUGCUCUUCCCUGGUCAACCACAUCCUCUGUGAGGCCUUUGAGAAAAAAAGGAAGUUUCGUGUUAUAGUUGUAGACAGCCGGCCUCGGCUAGAGGGCCGGGAGGCUCUGAGGCGGCUGGUACAGAGAGGCAUCAGCUGCACCUAUGUCCUAAUCUCAGCUGUAUCCUAUAUCCUUCCAGAGGUGUCCAAGGUGUUCCUGGGAGCACAUGCCCUUCUGGCCAAUGGUUACGUCAUGUCUCGGGUGGGAACUUCCCAAAUAGCUCUAGUGGCUAAAGCCUUUAACGUGCCUGUGCUGGUUUGUUGUGAGACCUACAAGUUCUGUGAGAGGGUGCAGACAGACUCAUUCGUAUCUAAUGAACUGGAUGACCCUGAUGACCUCAUUGUGACGCGUAAGGGGCGGACCCAGCUGGAGAACUGGCAGCAGGAGUCCUCCCUGGGUCUCCUGAACCUUGUGUAUGAUGUGACGCCUCCUGAUUUCGUAGAUCUAGUCAUUACAGAGUUGGGAAUGAUCCCCUGCACUUCUGUCCCCGUGGUGCUGCGGGUCAAAAAUGUCGAUCAGUGAUCGUCCUCCAUAUCGGCUUGUGUGCUCGAACGCUUGCACACAAACGGGCAAGGUCGUUCUUUCAGCAUGCAAUAAAUGUAUAUCUGAAAUGGCAAAAACCUUUAAAUUGAUU